AAUUUGAUAAAGGUGAGCUGGUCUUGCUAUGGAUGGCAGAGGAACUUUUACAGCCAAAAGGAAAAAAGUCUUUGGAAGAACUUGGUUGUGAAUAUUUCGAUCAAUUGGUUGCAAGGUCCUUUUUUCAGUCCUCUAGUACUGAUAACAGCUUCUAUGUGAUUCAUGAUAUCAUGCAUGAUUUGGCAACAAUUUAUGCUGGAGAAUUCUAUUUUAGAGCUGAAAAAUUUGAGGAAAAUAACAGGAUCAGCAAUAAAACUCGCCAUUUAUUGCAUAACUCAAGAGGAAACUAUCCCUUUUCGCAACUUGUUGCAGCUUGUGGUAGGGUAAAAGACGUGAGGACAUUUCUUGAAAUAAAUUUGGAUGAUGAUGAUCAUCCUUUCAAUAUGGAAAAUGCUCCUCAUAUCUUUUCAUCACAGUUGAAGUGCUUAAGAAUUUUGUCAUUUAAUACAUUUCCUCUUUAUUCAUUACCCAAUUCAAUAGGUGAAUUGAUUCAUCUGCGUUAUUUGGAUCUCUCGUAUACAUGUAUACAGACAUUGCCUGAGGAAUUGUGUAAUUUGUACAAUCUCCAAACAUUGAAGUUGAAGAAAUGUCGUUGGCUAAUGAAGCUACCCAACAAUAUGCAAGAUCUUGUAAAUUUACGUCAUCUUGAUAUUGAAGGAGCUGGUCUUGAAGAGAUGCCAAAAGGAAUAAGCAAAAUGAGGGAUUUGCAGUUUUUAAGUGACUUUGUUGUCGGCAAGCAUGCAGAGAAUAAUGGAAUUAAAGAAUUGGGAGCUCUUGCAAAUAUUCACGAGACGCUUCACAUUUGCCAAUUAGAGAAUGUCAUUGAUGGUGAUCAAGCUUUGGAGGCAAGAAUGGCUGAGAAGAAGAACAUUAGGAGUCUAUAUUUGACUUGGUCAUCGGACAACCAUACGGCUGAUUCUCAAGAUAUAAUCAACAAUCUAAGGCCUCACACAAACUUGAGAGAGCUAUCAAUCAAUGAGUACAUGGGUCAAACAUUUCCAAAUUGGUUAGGACAUUCUUCCUUCAGAAAUAUGACCAAAAUCUACUUGAAAUGCUGCAGCAAUUGUAUUGAGAUUCCUUCACUUGGACAGCUACCCUCUUUGAAGCACUUGCAGCUCAGCGAGUUUAACAAAUUAACGCGCGUGGGUGCCGAGUUUAACAAACAUGUUGAAUCUUCUUCUUGUGGGACACCCUUUCCAAUGCUUGAAACUCUGUGUUUUUCUGAUAUGUAUUGCUGGGAGGAGUGGCUUUCAGUUUCAUCUGAGUUUGAGUUGGAUGCUUUUCCUCGGCUUAGGGUGCUUACAAUGCGAAAUUGUCCUUUGUUAAGGGGAGAUUUACCCAGCCAACUACCUGCUUUGAAAAGCCUUCGCAUUAGCCAAUGUGCUCAACUUGCCUUUACUCUCCCAAGAGCAGAUGCAAUGCUCAAGUUAUCUGUUGAAGGACCCCACCAAGUGGAGGCCGUCUUUGAGGCCAUUGCUCGCAAACAACUAAACUGUCUACAAUCUUUAAGAAUCUCAAGAUGUUAUUCAUCCAUAUCAUUUCCUGGAGCAUGUUUGCCUUCUUCAUUGCAAAACUUGGAAAUUCUCGGUUGCCCAUAUCUAGAGUUCCCAAUGUCGCAGAAGCCGCAUGAGUCAUUACAGUCGGUAUCAAUAUUCGACAGUUGUUUUUCACUCGUGUCCUUCCCUUUGGGAAGCUUUCCGAAUCUCACUGCACUCACAAUUUCAUCCUGUAAAAAUAUGAGGUCUCUGGAGGAAUCAUAUCCUACUGCUGCUUCAACUUCAAGUCUCCGCUCUUUAAGCAUCAAGAGCUGUCCUAGUCUUGUGUCUUUCAAGAUGGUUGCACCCCAUCUAGAGGAUCUCUUCCUAAGCGAUUGCUCAGAAAUUGAGUCAUUUCCUGAAGGGGGUUUGCCACCAAACCUGAAAAUGCUUGACAUCCAAAGUUGCAAGAAGCUGGUCACGUACCUAGCAUCCAUGGACUUGCGUGAUCACUGUCUUACACAUCUUGACAUUGAACAUCCUUAUGAUAACAUCAAUUCCUUCCCCAUGGACGGUUGCCUGCCGUCCUCCCUUGAGACUCUCUAUUUGCGAUGCUUUCCAAGUCUAGAAAUCUUAGACUGCAAGGGACUUUACCAUCUCCAGGAGCUAUGGAUAGAUCAUUGUCCCAACCUGCAGGAUGUCGCAGGGAAAAGCUUUCCUGCCUCUCUGUCAAUUCUCAAAUUAUAUGGAGAUUCUUUGCUGAAGAAAUGCUGGCAGAUGAAGGAUCCGCUGAUUUUGUCCAAAAUGUCCCACGUCCGCAACAUCAAUGAUGACGGACUUUGGAUUUCAUGACUCAAGAAAGUACAAUUGCUUUUUUCUGUCCAUCAUCUUCAACAGUACUCUUGGAUUUCAUCGAACCUAUCCUUAUAUUCAACCAGAGUAACUUGAAUUUCCCAGUUCAACCAUGGGCUUGAUUUAUUGCUGAACUCACAAAUGGAGCAUCAAACUCGACUAUUAUAGGUAUGUUCUUACUGCUGGGGUCCUAUAUCAUUGCUUGUACGCAUGGUAUGCCUUCUUUUUAUGGUUUUUUCAUAGGAAGCAAAGAGAUAACUAUGUGCCCGAGGUUUUGUUUUGUUGCGUUCAGGGAUGUAAAAGUCGCUGAAAUCUGCUGGUUAUUGGCUAAGCACUUAUAUCAAUUUGAUAAUCCAAAUGAAAUUCAGCCCAAGUUUACAUAAAUAGGUUCUUAGAAGAGUUUUCACUUUAUCAUCCAAGUUGGAAAUGAAGGAGCAGAGUAAUUUGGACAAGCAAGGAGAAUAAUGCUGAAGGAUUUUAAGACAUGACAUGUUGACUGUAAAUUUGCAAAUGCAGCAUGUUCUUGAAGUGGUUCAAGCUCCAUGAUAAAUCCAAAUUGUGUACAUUCCAUUGUGACUGCACACACACACACACACACACACACACACAUAUUGAAGAUAACAAAAGAUUAUUAUAUUAAACGUUAAACGUUUUCAUUCUAAAUGUUGAAGGAACAUGACAAUUUGAGAAGAAAGAAAUGAGGCAAAUGGGACUGCAGCACAUGGAAGCAGCCAAAAGCAUUUUCCGGACACUUUGCGAAAUAAGAAGGAAACCUAUGUUGUUAAUUUGAUGAGGAAAUUUUAAAAGGAAAUUGUAAAUAGCCUUUUGAAGGAAUACAGACAUCAUCAUCAUCAUCUAAGUUUUUAGUCCUUCAGCUUGAAGAUAGCCUUUUGAAGUCUGAAGAUAUAUCUAUUUAACACAUAUUAGAACAUUUCUAAAAUAUUAUUCAGCUUUAUAUAUAGUCAUGUAUGUAGCAAACUCUUGCCUCUGACCUGCAAAAUUAUGAAGCAAAAUAGCACUACCAAGAUACAUCAAAAUGCAGUGCAUUCUGACUA